CCAAUCAGGAACGAGCUACAGUGACUGCGCUCAGACGCUUAGGGAGCCCCUCUUCCUGUGACCUGUGAGCCACACGUGACCUCUGCCAGAAAUACUUUUCAAGGGUCAUUUUUAUUCUUAUGUGCGACUGCAAGAAGUCCUGUUCUUUAAAAACUGACCAACAGUGACUGACUUCAAACUCCACCUGACCCUCCAUCACGAGGCCUUCUGCAUGAACUUUCCUCAGACUGCAAGACUGGAAUUUCCUCCUCGCCUGCAGCUCGUUGUUUUUAUGGUGUGUAGACGAGCAAUGACUCACCUGGACACACCUGGAGGAGACGGCAGAGCGACUGCACACACUGUUUCCCAGCACAUGCGAGAAAAGGUUGGACUUAUUGGGGGGCGGAGACAGAGACACAGAGAGACAUAACGGACACACACAGCACAGGAACACAGACGUCACUGAGUGAGCAGAGGAGUCGAACACAAGAAGAAGAAGAAGAAGAAGAAGAAGGAUCCCACAGUUCAGAGGACAGAUGGACCACAGCGGGAAGUGUAACAGGGCAGUGCUGGUCUCCGUGGGACAGUUUGACCCCGAGGUGAGGCUGAGGAGGAGGCCUGGAGCCAAGAGGGACACCAAGAGCCUCCACCGCACCCUCAGCAACCUGGGCUUCCAGGUGGACAUCCACAACGACCUGAGAAGUGAGGAGAUCUAUGAGCUGUUUCUGAAAGAGAGCCGGCGGCCCGUGAAGGACUGUUUUCUGGCCGUCUUGUCGUCUCACGGGGACGAGGGCCACGUGUUCGGAGCUGAUGGGGAACCCGUCCGCCUGUCACGGAUCUUCACGUGUUUUGACAACGACUGCAUGGAGAAGAAGGCCAAGCUGUUCCUCAUACAGGCCUGCCGGGGAGACGGUCUGGAUGACGGCGUGGAGGUGGAUUCGGCCGCUGAGACCGGCGCAGAGUGCAGCCUUUCGCAGCCUCUCUCAGUUCCUGUAGACACAGCUGUGAUGUACGCCACAGCACCAGGUUACGGAGCUUUCACGGGCCCCCUCGGCUCGGUCUUCCUCCAGACCUUCUGCACUUUAUUGCAGGAGGAAGGCGGUUGGAAGCUGGAGCUGACUCGCCUGAUGACCCGCCUCUCCCACAGAGUGGCCUACACCUUCCAGGCCAAAGGCGGCGUCCUGGCCGGGAAGAAACAGAUGCCGUGCCUGCUGACACGACUGACCAGAGACGUGUUCCCGUUCGUCGAGCCGGGGAAGGCCGGCGGGGGGGCGGGGCUCUCGGCCACGUCCCUGGUCUGCUGACGUGUUGUGCUGGUGUUGUACAGAACUGUGAUUAGACUGUAACAUGUCCACGUGAGAAAUGUUCUUUAUUUAUUCCUGCAUUUGUUAUUAAAGACAGAGCGUCAAAAAAUGUCUCAGUCUUUAUUGUC